CCAGCGGCGGCGCUGUUGGGAGGUGCCGGCAUGUUAGCGGCUGGGAGCUGAGGAGGUGCCACCAUGCUGCGCCGCCAGGCCCGGGAGCGCCGCGAGUACCUGCAGCGACGGGCACAGGAGGAGCGGCUGCGCCGGCAGCAGGACAAGAAGGAGCAGCUCCGGCAGGCGCUGGAGGAGAAUCGGCUGCUGCCCACGGAGCUGCGGCGUGAGGCCUUGGCGCUGCAGAAGGAGCUGGAGUUCGACACGCCAGGGGUAGGGGACACCACCAGUAGCCAAGACGAUGAGUACCGGUGGGCGGGGCUGGAGCCCCCCAAGGUCAUGGUCACCACCUCCCGCGAGCCCAGCGCCCGCCUCCGUGUCUUUGCCAAGGAGGUGUGUCUGCUGAUCCCUGGAGCUCAACGCAUGAACCGGGGCCGGGCAGAGCUGGGGGCGCUGGUGGGGGCCUGCCGGGCCGCUGGCGUCACCGACCUGCUGCUGCUGCACGAGACCCGUGGCAGGCCCGACGGACUGUCCCUGUGCCACCUGCCCCAUGGCCCCACAGCCCACUUCACCCUGAGUGGGGCCGUGCUGCGGCAGGAGGUGGGGGGGCUGGGGGGCGCCCCCCUGGCGGCCCCCCAUCUGCUGUUGCUGAAACUUGACUCCGCCUUGGGGCGCCGGGUUGGGACCAUCCUGAAGCACCUUUUCCCCGUCCCCCGCCCCGACAGCCGCCGCGUGGUGACAUUUGCCAACGAGGAUGAUGUCAUCUUAGUUCGGAACCACGUCUACCGACGCCAGGGCAAGAAGGUAGAGCUGGAAGAGGUGGGACCCCGGUUCCAGCUGCGCCCCUAUCUCAUCCGCCUGGGGACCCUGGAGCAGGGGGACGCUGCCGACGUGGAGUGGCGCUGGCACCCCUACACAGCCACCGCCCCGAAACGCCGCCUGCUCAGCGCCACCUGACACUGCUCUCACUGGUUUUAUUGCUCGUAAUAAACGUGUGGUUUGGUCAUUG